UUCGACUGUCCCCUCAAUCUCCAGAGUCCAGUCUCGUAGUAUCAUAGAGAGCAGAGAAGAGAAGAUCUUUAUUUUUAUCUAUUCAAGAAAGGGAAAAAUGGGAUUACAAUUUGAGGAGGACGAGUUCUUAGCAUGCUGUGGAAGCACCAAAUUCGCCAAAGAAAUGGCGAAGGCAUCCCCUUUCUCAUCUCUCGACGAAGCUGUGACGGCGGCCAGAGAAAUUUGGUUCAACCAGGUUGAUGUCCAUGCUUGGCUCCAAGCGUUCUCUGCGCAUCCUCAGAUCGGACACUCGUCUUCUUCUUCUAACGCCACCUCUGCUCAGUGGAGUAAGGGAGAGCAGGCAACUGCCUUUGCAACUGCCACUAAUUCUAGCUUGCAGGAACUGUCUGAAUGGAAUGCUAAAUACAGGCAGAAGUUUGGGUUUAUAUUUCUAAUUUGUGCAUCUGGAAAGAGUACUGAUGGGAUACUUUCUGAGUUGAAGAAACGAUAUCCAAACAGGCCGAUAGCUGAGUUUGAGAUUGCAGCUCAGGAGCAGAUGAAAAUAACGGAACUCCGUCUUGCGAAGCUCUUUUCAACCAAAGAAAAUGUUGCCUCCACAUGCAACAAGAAUCCCACACUUGCAAAGAAAGUGGAAGAAGAUCGUGUGAGCGUUAUUGGAGCGCAUCUAACUGCUGCUUCUGAUGCUUCAUCUGUAAAAAAAUCUCAAGCUCCACCUCGAACUCGUCCACCCAUCACAACCCAUGUCUUGGAUGUUUCUCAAGGAUCUCCAGGUGCCGGUGUUGAGGUAUGUUUGGAAAUGUGGAAGGGUCCUCAACCUCGUCCCAUGUUUGGUGAGUCAGAUGUAGGCGGUUGGCUGUGUCUAGGGUAUUCAACUACGGAUAAUGAUGGUCGAAUUGGUCAGUUGAUGAGCAUAGUUGAUGUAGUGAACCCAGGCAUAUACAGGAUAAAUUUUAACACAGGUAAGUACUGCCCGGGUGGGUUCUUUCCUUAUGUUUCUAUCGUGUUUGAAAUCAGAGAGUCACAGAAGUGGGACCAUUUUCAUGUUCCUCUGCUGCUGUCACCUUUCUCAUUCACAACGUACCGUGGAAGUUAGGCUUAUGUGUAGCUCAGCUGAAAAAUGAAUAGCCUGUAAUUUUACUUGAUAUUUUCUGGUUGGUUGUGUGUAGUCAAAAGACGGCUUUGUUGAUGUGAACUAAAAUCUUGAAGAAGAUAAACUCUAAUGGAAAACAAUAUCGUUCUCCA